UAAUAUUUCAAAAUCAUGGAUGAAAAUGACUCCAGUCUUGAUAUAGAAUUCAAACGAUACUUGCAAAUAUUACGACCCUAUUUGGGCCUAUUGAGAGACCAGUAUGUGAUCAAAUUGUGCAAUGCCUGGAUCCAAAGGCUUUCCAGCUGUACGGAAGAGGAGAAAGGCUUACGUAAUAAAUAUAUAUUUGCACUAUGUUAUCAAUUGGCUAGAGGCGCACUAGAAGAUCCAUUUUUCAAGUAUCCUAUAGACGGUAGCCUGCAACCGCUGCCUGAUGAAUCCUACAGCGAUGAUUCAUCUACUGAAAUAGAAUAUAUAAAUGAACAUAAAGACGACACUAAAAUCUUAUUUGAUAAUACGAAAUCUCUAGUAUCAGAUACCUUGUAUAGAAAUCUUUCUCAAGACGUUGAACUUGAUGUUUUCAGUAGAAAUAAAGAUAAUGGAUAUGAAAAUAAGACAGGUAACCUAAAAAGCCAUAUACCAAUACACAAUCAAAAUGUUUUUUGUUACACUUGUCCAGAAAUUAUAAACAAAAUUAGUAAUUUCGAUUGUCAGGAAGAAAACUAUGAAUUUAGAACAAAAAAUUUAAUUAAUAAAUUGAGAGAGAUAAAAGCGGAAAAUAUGCUAUUACGCAAUGAGCUAAUAACAUUGAAAAAUGAAUCAAAAAUCAAGUCUGAUUUUAAGGAGUUGGCUGACGAUAUAAUUAAAGUAGAUAACACAACAAGUGCUUAUUUUCAUAUCAACGAGAGUAAAUCAACAGUAUCUUUAAAGUCAAAGCUGCAAGAAGUUCAAAAUUCUAAAAGAAAUCUUAUACAAACUAUCGAGCUGUUACAAGAAAAAUUAGAUAAUUAUGACGAAAUGAAAAGACAUGAGAUCGGAGACAUCGAAACAAGUCACAGAUUAGAAUUAAUAGCAGCCAAGUCAGAAGUUAAGGAUGAAAUUAUGGAAGCAUAUAGAAAUAAGUUUGAAGAACAAAAAUACAACUACGAAAUAAAAAUUAAAGAUAUUGAACAUAAGCUUAUUUGUGAAAAAAUGGAUAUCUGCACCACCAAAGAUAAUAUAAUAACAGAAAAAGAUAAAUUAAUUCAACAAAAAGAUAGCGAAAUUAUUCAAUUACAAAAUUUAGUAGAAUCACAAAAGAAGCAAUUGGAAACUAUUUUUAAAAAGAGUUUAGAGGAUCCGAAAGAUGAUACCUACACUGAAAAUAUGAAAUCUAAAAUAGACCAAUUAGAAAAACGAUUAUUUAAAGCAGAAAAAGCUAAAACUAAGUGUAUUAGAAUAUAUGAGGCCAAAAUAGUCCAAUUACAACGAGAAAAACAUAUGACUGAAUGUUCAUUACAACUGCAGCUUGCGAAACAGAGGACCCAGAUUAUUGACGAGAUUUCCGACGAAAAUCAAACAAAUUUGGUUUCGGCUUUAGAUAAAUUAGAAAUUAAAUAUAAAGACAUAGUCGCUAAUGUUCAAACCACUGCUAUUCAACAGAGACUAAAUGAUCAAGUAACAUUGGAAUCUCUAAUUCAAAAAUCAUGUGGAGUUCAAAACGAAACUAUGUGCGGAAAUUGUAUACGGGGUACAAACCACAGCCAGUACUCAGGUAGGCCUAUACAAAAUCAGGGCCGAGAUGAGAACCAAAGUUAUGAUAGCGAGAUAUCAUCCUUAAUGCGAGGUAACAGGGUCGGUAAUGUUAUUGUUGGUAAUAAAUCAUUUGGAGAGGAUAGCGUGAUAGCCGGAUAUUGUCUCGAUGGAGAAAGGAUGGGCCAACUAUUCGAGAGAGUAUACAUUCCUCAAAGGGACAUUGGAGACGGGUCCCUAAAGAAGUAGUUAAACAAUUCGCUAACUAUUUCGAGAACGCUUUGUAAAAUGGAGGCCUUGUUAUUUUAUAACGAAGUUAAAAGUUUGGACCUAACCUAAAUAGGUGUAUAGUGUGUUGUUUGUGAUAUACUAGGAAAUUACAAUGUUAAUGUUAAUAUUAUUUGAGACUAACUGUACACACGACUUCAUCU